AUGAGACCUCAAAUCCUCCUCCUGGCCCUCUUCCUCGCCGUCCUCCCUCUCUCGGCCAUCGCCGCCAUUGGCCCAGAUAUUGCCGGCGGUAUAUGGGAGCCAAUCAAGGACUUGAAAAAUGAGCACAUCAUAGCGAUCGCCGAAUUCGCGGUCACUGACUUCAACAGGAAGAGCCACGCCGGCGUGGUUCUGAAGGACAUCCGAGGAGGGGAUUCCGCGGCGGGUGAUUCCGACUACAGGUAUCUCCUGCAUCUCACCGUGGAACAGCCGCCGUCGUGUUACAAGGCUGUGGUUCUGGAGUAUAACUGGCUGCACCACUGGGAGGUUUUGUCCUUUGAUAGCGAGACUUGCUGA